CAGAACCUGCUGUGGUCUAGAAAGACAUUUGUGGACAACAUGAAAAUCUAUAACCACAGUUACAUCUACAUGCCUGCCUUUUCUAUGAAGACAGGAACAGAGCCAUCCCUGCGGGUUUAUUAUACACUGUCGGAUGUUGGUGCCAAUCAAACAGUGCUCUUUGCCAACCCCAACUUUCUUCGUAGUAUUGGAAAGUUCUGGAAAAGUAGGGGAAUCCAUGCUAAGCGCCUGUCCACAGGACUUUUUCUGGUGAGCGCAGCUCUGGGCCUCUGUGAAGAGGUGGCUAUCUAUGGCUUCUGGCCCUUCUCUGUGAAUAUGCACGAGCAACCCAUCAGCCACCACUACUAUGACAACGUUUUACCCUUUUCUGGCUUCCAUGCCAUGCCCGAGGAAUUUCUCCAACUCUGGUACCUUCAUAAAAUCGGUGCACUGAGAAUGCAGCUAGACCCAUGUGAGGAUACCUCACUACAGCCCACUUCCUAGGGACAGCGGAGGAAGAAAGGACUGAGCCAGGGUAUUUUUGUUAGGUUUUCUAUGUGACUCCAAGAGGGAAUGGUCAAAUUGUUUCACGGAUUUGCAUAGGACACUUGGGAAAAAAGGAAAAGAAUGAUGAAAACCCAGGCAAAAUUUUACUUUUAAUGUUGGCCUGAAGGACAAAUCAAGAAAUGAAAUGUCUUAUGAAACAUUUUAUAGCACAUGGUAGAUUCACAGCUAGUAAAACACUGAUGAAAAGCUGUUGGUAAAGCACAUUUACAUGGUUCAGAUCUAGACGAUGCAAAUCAAAAACAAGGCAAAGUUUAGUUAUCAAGGCUGAGGAACUAAUCAAGGUAGAAUAUAGAAAAUGCCGGGGUAAAAGUGCUGCUGAUUGUCAACACAAACUGGCUUAAUAAUAAUAAUAAACCCAUGUCUUAUUAAGACUGGCUUUAGGACUGUAGGUUUUUAAAAAAAUAAUUAUUUAUUUUUGCCCUAUUUAGGGGCAGUGGAUGGAUGAAGGGGUAGUUUUUUUAAAAAUUCCCUUUCUGAGUAAUAAGGAUACAAAAUGCUUCAGCUG